AUGCCAAACCUUCAAAAUUGUUUAGCCAAAAGUCCCAUAGCCCCUCCUCCUGCUGAGCAGCGGGUUGAAGCUGGAUGGAAAGUGGAAAAUGAAGAGGAUGGUGAAGCAUCAAAGAUGGAAGGAGGACAUCAGAAAUGGAAAAUGGGUAGUGAAAGCACUGACUAUAAAGACCAUGGACCAACCCAACACCAUGAUCCAAGAAGUUCAAUUACAGAAAUCAAGGACAAUGCCAUCUUUCUAGAGGUGGAAGGAGAGAAUGAGGAAGGGAGAAUGGACAUGGAAAGCUUAUAUGAUCCACAAACUACAAAUAUGCAAAUAAAAAGUGAUAGACAGUUCUCAGAGGUGGAAAAAGAUCUGCAAGUAGAAGACUACAAAGACCCUGGGUCAAACCCUCGCCAUGACCCCAAUAAUCCUCCACAUGGUUGA